GCCUUCUUGACGUUUUAUACAAUCAACAUGUACCAUCUCUCGGGAUUCUUCUCUCCUGCGGUACCAAGUUAUCUGCUCAAACGACGUAGUUGGUGCGCAGGAAUAGAGUCCGCGUUCUUAGGAUUGGAGCUUGGGCCAAGUACGCGAUCAUGACGUAGUUUUCCACAUUCCAUAGCUUCACCCCACCAACACCUGGGCAAGGGAACACCACUUGUCUUCUAUCACGACUCAGACGCCUUUCCCUACUUCCUAAUCUUCUCAACCUUUCCGAUCUAUCCGUUGCAACCAUGUCAGAGUCCAGGGUGAGAGUACCCGACAAGGUCAAGGAAGUCGCCAAGGAAGACUUCAACCAAGCCAGACAGCUUGCCUCAGAAGCUGUCCGCUCGGCCGCAUAUCUCUACCCUUUCAAGGGCAUUGCGUACUUCUUCACACACCGUGCACUAUGGAAGCCUCUCGCUGCGAAACUGGUCCCUACUGUCUCGCUCGGUCUUGGUGUCACUGUGCUCAUGUUUGCCGUCACAUACAUUCCCCAAGUUGCACUUCUCACCCUUUUCAACGGACCACUCGCAGUCUUCACCACGGUUCUACUCGUACUCAGCGAGUCGUCCACUAUCUUCUCGGUUCUCAGCAAGAACUUCCUCAUUGACGAAGCGCUUAUUGAUACCUUUGAUUCAACCUUGGUCAGCCGCAACCAGACCACAUUGGUUUCCAAAGAGCGCCAGGUAAAGUCAGGAAAUGACCCCGUUGCGAAAUUGGGCAAGCUUGUUACGAAGCCAUUUGCAAAGUUCGCACCCAGCGCCAUCAUCCGAUAUUUCAUGUACCUUCCGCUUAACUUCAUCCCGAUCGUGGGCACUGUACUAUUCGUCAUCCUCCAAGGACGCAAAUUUGGUCCCACCGCGCACGCCCGUUACUUUCAACUCAAGCAGAUGAAGAAGCAAGAGAAGGAGCGCUUCAUUGAGGAGCGCAAGGCUGCAUAUGCCAGCUUCGGUAUCCCAGCCGUCCUCCUCGAGCUUGUACCCGUUGCCGGCAUCUUCUUUUCCUUCACAAACACGGUUGGCGCUGCAUUGUGGGCUGCCGACAUGGAGCAGGGCGUCCAGAGCGGCGAGAGCAGCACUACGGCGCCGAACCUACGCCAGCAGGCUGAACUGGCCAAGAAUAGGCGGGAGUUGUGAGGACAAACUGCGCUCAAUGCAAGAGUAGACUCUUACAAGGUGGUGCUAAUGAUUGCAUCGAAGUGAAGUCGAGCCUUACGUUGAUUACGCAACUGAUGGGCAUUACCGAUACCCGUGGAAACCUUAGUAGGCGCGAGGCAACCUGCUAGGUUGGCCGUAACAUUAUCGUUAGGAACUGCGUUGUUAGGGUGCUGUUUUCCAUGAACUGCGGUAUCAUAUGGCUUGACAGUGACUUGUUCAAUGACCACGAAAACUAGAGACGUUUUGCGAUGUUGGUGACAUAAUGACACUGUGACGCUCUCAUGUGGUAACCCGCCUGUGCAUGUUCCACCCGAACACGUGAAACCUAACGAACGGUCAAGCUUUAAUCACUACAGCAAUCAUGAAAAGCAGCU